AUGGAGGAGUUAUCAGGAAGCAAUGCUUCUUUAAAGAAGAUAUUCGAAAAGAAAUUGCAAGGGUUUGUUGAUGAAGUGGAAAAUAAUCACAUGGUCUGGUUACAAGAAAUCCUGGAAGAAGCCGCAAAGAUGUUUUGUAGAGAUGAGCCAGAUGCUGAUGUUGUUGCAGAGUGUCUUUCUGUGGUAGAAGAGGUUUCUGUAUUUCUGUAUUUUUUUGAUGCAUCAUGCAAGGCUGAAGACAGUCUGAUUGCUCAGCGUGCUACACAAGGUUCUUCCAAAAGAAAUGCUGAAAAAUGUAGCAGUCCUCAUGAGGUUACCAUAACUAAUGAUCAAAACAAAGGCAAUGGCAAGGCUGAACAUUCUACAGACCUCAAGAAAAGACAUGCCUACAAGGGAACAAAAGCAGAGUUAAAGAGUCAGGGAGAAGAUUGUCAGGCUGAUAAGCCAGUUAGUCCAGUGAAGAAAUCUCUGCCUGUUGUCACUGUUCCUAAAGGCUACAGUGCAAUGAAACCGCACACAAAGUCAUUCCUUCAUACUGCGCAAAGAAACCAGUUGUUGAUGUCUACCUCAAACUCACUGGGUCAAUCAGCCAUUGUCAAAUCUUUCAUUAAAAACACUACCCCACUCAAAGUUGAUACCAAGGACAAAGGCAGAGAACGCUUUGAAAUACUGAAAAAGAAUGUAGAUCAAGUAACAGAGCGAAUAAAGAAAGUGGAAGAGGAAAAGAAACGGAAACUAGAAAUGGAAAGACACAGCAAGAAAGCAAGAGUGGAGUUAAAGAUUCAGGGAGAAGAUUGUCAGGCUGAUAAGCCAGUUAGUCCAGUGAAGAAAUCUCUGCCUGUUGUCACUGUUCCUAAAGGCUACAGUGCAAUGAAACCGCACACAAAGUCAUUCCUUCAUACUGCGCAAAGAAACCAGUUGUUGAUGUCUACCUCAAACUCACUGGGUCAAUCAGCCAUUGUCAAAUCUUUCAUUAAACACACUACCCCACUCAAAGUUGAUACCAAGGAAAAAGGGAGACAACACCUUGAAAUGCUAAAAAAGAAAAAAGAUCAAGAAAUAAAGCGAAUAAAGAAAAUGGAAGAGGAAAAGAAAUGGAAACUAGAAGAAAUGAAAAGAGAACAAGAACUUCUUGAAAAAGAAAAGGCUAUUGCUGUACAGUUGAAGGCUAAGAGGGCAGUUGAAGAAAAGUCUGCUUUGGAGGCUGCCAAAGAGAAGGGGAGACUACAAAAAGAAACAGUGGAAAAAGAGAAAUUAAGGCAAAAACAACUGCAUAAGGCUAAUUUGGAAAAUGAACUCAAAGAAAAACAGAAGGAAGAGAAACCGGCAAAGGAAGAACCAGAUACCUCUAGCAGUCACAAGACAUUGAACAUUACUAUUGAUUUAGAAAUAUCUCCUCAGUCAUAUGAAAUGACUCCUAAAGGUCAUAUUAAGACUAUUGAGCAGUUAGACUCAGAUGACUAUGGGAUGGAUCUAAAAAGUGAUGAUUCAACUGAUGACGAAAAUGCUCCAAGAAAACCCAUUCCAUCCUGGGCAAAAGGGCGAAAGCUAAUCCAGGCAAUAAAGUAUCAUUACUAUAAUCCUGCUGAUCAUGACAAACUGUUCGGUGAGAUUGAACCACCUAAUCUGGAGGAAAUCUUUAGUAAAACUAAUAUGCAUAAAGCCUUUACUGUUUGCUUCCCAAGUGAUGAGGUACAGUUUGAAUGUGGUCUUGAUGAUCCAGAUUUGUUCAAUGAUCUUACAGUGGAAGAACAAGAGGCUGUUGAGGAGUCCAUGGUCAGAAACAGUAAACAAAAACGCUUACAAUGCUUUGCGCACACCUUGUGGCAUUGUAAUGAGAUAAUGUUAUUCAUUUCACCAAACCUUGUGGAUGAUCGGCAUAUGUUGUUAUUUCUGGUAAAAGAUCUGAUUUUGAAAGAUAAGUCUGAAAAUUAUCAGCCAGUGGAUACUGCAGAGGAACACAGCCAGGAGUGA